GCCGGAGGAUAGGAUACAUGUCCGUGAGUAGUAAGAAGCAAGGAGCGAUUAUAUCGGUCAUCGGGCAAGGGAUCUUGCUGAUGGAUCAAAGCUUGGAUCGAAUCAGAACCGCCCGAAGUCGCUCCUCCUUCCGAACAACUACAACUACCCCAACUUGACCUUCCCUGGCUCGACGUCGAUUUUCAGGGACUGUCUCAACUGGGACCCGCCGUACCAUUCACACUUGACCAAACAACCACCGGAUCGGCUUCAAAUCGGAAGAGUGUGGAUUCGGUGGUACAGGCAGGAAUCAACGAGCGCGGUGCAAAUUCAGGCCUAGACGUUUUGACCGAGGAGGAGACAUGGGCGUUGUUACGUCUCAUGGCUGGGCAUGGUCAAGAACAAGCCGUCACGGAAGGCCAAGGUGAUCUCGUCGAUCAGUCUUGGCUGACUGACGGGAUCUCUGCUGUUGAUACCGCUGGACCUAGUACUGGGACGUCGCAGAGCUCGUGGGCCUCGGUCCCGGCCGAUCGAGCGUGGUCCGGAUACACCUCUGCCGGUGGGAUACCUGUCGCAAACGGUACGGAGAGUGAGACCAUCCGUUCUGGUCCCGUGGACAGACGGUCUGGAAAACGAUCGUUUGAUCAGCUCGAUCAGAGCUCGUCCUCCGAUCCAAACACCACUAUCACCACUACUACUACUACCAAUUCUGCCAACACGACGACUGGGUAUACGGACGCAAGCACAUCGGCUACUCCAAGUUCCGUGGGCCGGUCGGUCUGGUCGAAUGAUUGGUUAGACCUGACACCGCCUGGACGAGAUUCGAAGAAGCCUAGGACCGGGGCGUCCUUGUCGUUGGUUCCUGUCGACCUGGGGUUCCAGGAUCUGGGCAAUCUGCUUGCUGAGACGAGCGAGCGGAAAGAAUUAAGUCGGUCGCUGGUGAACACGUACCUAGCGGUCUUUCACGCUCAGUAUCCGCUCUUGGAUCCUCACCUCUUGCGACGCAAGUUUGACGCGGCGGGACAGGACCCUGAGCGGCUGGCACCGACGGAACAGGUCACGUUCGCCUGCAUCGAAGCAUGGGCGGCGAGGUCGAGCCUGCACCCUGCCGUUUUGCGGUCAAAGAAGGGCGGGCCGUUGUUCAUCGAGCAGGCGAUGAGUCCGGAACGGGUCGAUUACGAUGCCAUGUCACCCUUGCCGAACGAACGCGCUGCCGUCGGCCGUUCUCGGAUACCAGUCUGCCAGGCUCUAAAAGACAGGGCAUUGCGGCUAUUGGACACGCACGGCAUCAUGCGACGACCCAGCCUCGAGGGGCUCAAAUCGUUGUUGCUCUUGUCAAACCUGAUGAUGGGAGAGAUACCGAAGGGCUGGGAGGAAGGGCAAGACGCAGAAAUGGAUCGCGAAAUGCUGAAGAGCACGAUCGCCGAGCAGAUCAAGCUAUUGCAUCGUCAUAACAGGCUAGUGACUACCGACCGAGCCGCCAUCCAAGAGACUCAUAGGGUAGUUUUUGCGGCCUGGAUACAGGACGCUUUCACAGCUGCCACGACGGGGGUCCAGCCUUUGCUUCCCGCCGGUCUCCUCUCGGAGAUCACUGCUUCUAUCGAGCAGAGUGGCAGCUCUCCGCAAGGCGCCAUCCUGCCUCGAGUCGAAUCUGAGACCCGCUUCCACGUCGCCUUUCGAUUAGGCUGGAUCGAAAGCGGGCAGAUCGCUCGAUACAUAGCCAAGUUCAUCAGUCAGCCGAUCUUGGAAACAGACUCGGAUCGUAACCUGGACGAUUUCAUCGAGGCAGUAGAGACGACUUGGCGGGCGUCGGUCGAUGGACAGGCUGCCUUGAGGUCGCGGUGUGCAGAGGCGAUGGACUUGAUCUCCAUCAAGUUCUUCCCGGCCACGUGCGUCUAUCAAUGGAUCAUGACCUAUGUCACACAAAUCGUCCUCUUGACGUCCGCGAGCUGCAUCGUGCACGGAUGGAUUACAGCUCGCCGCACCACCGAACAGAACCGGAAAAGUGGCGCUCAGAUUCACAGCGAAAGCGCAGAGUCCACCCCGGAAGCCUCGCCACAUUCCCCUCGCGGUGAUCUCGAGCGUCUGUACGAGCGGAGCGCGAUGGAGGUUUUAAAAUCGGUUGUCGACUUUGUGCCCGUAUUGCGAAGCGCCAUACCACUCAACCUGCUGCGAAACCCGUCUCCCAACUUGCUCACCUUGACGGCGCUCGCCGAGGCCGCGACCUCGAUACCGACCGAGGAGCAGGGUCUCAACGUCGGCAGCUUGGAGGGUGUGCGAUGGCGCAACGCAGAAAAAGGCGAAACCUUGAGCGUCUAUCGAGAAGCACUCUCGCAGUGCACGUCGUCGUGGUCGCGUGUUCAGGACGACGUCGACGCUUUGGAUGGUGCUCUGGCGAAGAUGGCUUUGAGGCGAGAGGUUUCAGAGGCGCGGGAUGACACGAUAGAGCGACUGCUUUGCUAUCGUGUAUGAUUAUGAUUGCAUACUUGUGAUCGUGAAAUCAUACAAGAUAGCCAAAGUGUGUGUCAGUAUAUGUUCCAGCACGCUCUUGCACUCUGGCGUUAUACGGCGGUCGGGUAUAUGACGACGUUUGCUUUCGAUUGCGUCUCGAGCUGGGGAAUCUUUUCGGGACCGGGUUGGUCGAGCAAGAUGGGUGAGUGACACCGGGAAGCAGCACCGGGAUUAUAGGAUUAGGGGGUUCCGACCCGGG